AUGCGAUCUCCAGUCAGCCUGGAAUGCUCCUGCUCCGGUCGGAACCACCAUCAAGACUUCCUUUGCGCAUUAUUGGCUUUCUCCUACCCUCAACAACACCCACUAGCAAGUGAAGAUUGCGGAAAGCCUGAAAAUACGAUGCAUACUUCUCCGUUAGCAGGACUUUCCGCGCGGCGUCGCAAAAUUGCCAAGGCAUGCGACUUUUGCCGUGAGCAUCGCGUGCGAUGCGAAGCAGCCACGCCGUGCCCACAAUGCGUGGCCAACAGUGUUACUUGUAACCGGUCUCGUUCUUCACAAACUACCAAAAGAAAAAGUGUAGCGCGGAGAGUGGCUGUGGCAGAUGCUCAACUCACAGAUCGGCUUACACAAAACACUCCCUUAGCGGCAGCUUUGCCCUCAUCGACAGCCUCAAUUCCAACGCCGUCGUCGUCGGAAAAUCUGGCAUGGACGUCGCAUAAAACCGACUCUAUUCUGGGAUUUAUUGCCCGUAUGAAUGCAUUUUGUUCCAGUGUGUCUGAAAUAUCCCCCAGUUCAACAUCCGCGGACGGCCCGCAUCCAGAUCAGCAUUCACCAUUCCCGACCAGAAAUUUGCAGCAUACACAGCAUGCAGAAUGCGAUUUGUCAACUCAUCAGACGAAACACCUCAUGAAAAUUUUCUGGACCCGUCUGCGGUCACGAAUGCCCAUUGUUCAAUGGGAAGACUUGAGUGCAUCAAAUGAGGAUAUUCAUGGGACUUCCUCGCCAUUGCAAGAUGCCAUCAAGGCAUAUUCUUUACAUUCUAUAUAUUCUUCUGGGCUAUAUACCAGACUUGUUGGGCUCAACUGGCCGCAUUCUCAAAAACAAGAUACACUGGUCGGCAUGUCGUAUUUUCAACGUUCGCUGUCAGCUAUCUCUCAAGUUACAAUAUUCGAGCACCCGACUUUAUCCACUAUGCAAUGCUACUGCUAUUUGGCUUUAUAUCUCCUUGACACGGGUCAUCACCAAGCAGCAUAUAAUAUUGUUGGGCUCGGGCUUCGAAUUUCUCAGUCUCUCAACUAUAUGGAUGAGCGACAUGGCGGAUACCGGGAAUGCCAGCUCUUUCGGCGAGUCUGGUGGACCCUUAUCCAUCUUGACUUUCGCUGCUCCAGGCACGUGGGCAAACCUGUAAGCACUAAUAUAGAUGAAUUAAUACAUCUUUUGCCCAGUAGGGAGCCAGAGGAUGUUCAUCAUUCGAAUGGUUUGUUGUAUCACACCGAGUCCGUUCGUCUCACAGCGGCAGCCCUCAAGGUGAAUGAAUCCAUGGAUCGCCACUGUUCGUCUUUUCCGAAGGAUACAGCUGGGCCCGCACUUCUUGAAUUACGAGCAAGCGCCCUGUCAGCGUCGCUAUAUCACUUGCAAAAUUGGCACGAUGAGCUGCCCCGAGAGAAAUAUUUCAAAAACAUGCAUUUCAAUGUGCCUGAUGUACUGCUCAAUUCUAUCGAGACCCUGAACAAUGAUGUCCAGAUAACCGAACAAUGCUCCACCGUGGGCCUGUUGAACACUUUGCUGUUGCUUCAGUAUCAUAAUAUCAUGGUCGGUUUUCAUCGUGUGUUUAUACAGUUCCCCAAUUACCCACUUAUCCCGAAAUCGACUCCGAAGGCAGACGCCCAUGCCGCAACUGCACUCAAUCAUGCUCUCAUAAUGAUCAAUAUAACCCAUCAAACCAUGGCAAUUCAUGAUUUUCUGCAUGGCAUCUCCGAGUUAUAUCAAUAUUUGUGGAAUGCAGCGAUAACUACAAUUGGGUUCAUGCUCGCAUAUCCUUAUUGCUACCGUUGUCAAAGAUCAAGAGAAUACCUUCAUCUUGCGCUUGAAGUCUUCAACUCUGUCAGCAAAGAAAAUUCCCCGGCAAAUCGAGCAUCUGUGCUGAUUCAACAGCUGUUGACCAAGGUUGAUACUCUGGUCCAAGUUCUGGGAUUCGGUCAGCCCACUCAGGGCAUCUCAACAUCUUCUGCUUUAUCAGCCGGGGUCCCUUCACUGGCCAAUAGUGCAUCUCAUUCUGUGGAUAGUAGUAUUCCGACUGACGAAUACGUACCAUAUGACCUCAGCACAGACAUGCUUGGGUCGUGGACUGAUAUGAUCAAUCUGGAUACGUGGCCCAGUUACUGUAAUGAAGUAAACGAGGCAUUUAUGGAUCCCUCGGAGUUUUUCAAUUCCUUCGAUUUGUGA